GUUUCGCCACUCUUUGAAUGCUCCAUUAGAGGUUUUUCCAGUGAAUUUAAAAUUACCGAAAGUUGUGUGUGAUUUCGGCAAAUCGUCAAAUUGCCGACAUUAUAUUCAUGAAGUUGGUAAAAUGCCAUUUUACCAACAUUUUUGGAACAAGUGUUGGUAAUUCGAUAUUUUACCGAAAACACAAAAAACUUUCGGCAAUUCGUCGAAUUGCCGAAUUUACUAUGAAUUUUUCCGUUUUGAUAUUGAGUGAGUACAGAUUCAAAUAACCUCAAGAAGUCAUUUGACAUGAGCAGCUUCAACCAACGCGUAUGUAAACAAAUUCAUGUCAUUUCAUGACAUAUUCUCAUGUCAAAAGUGAAAAAAAGUUAAUUGAUUUCGUCGAUAUUUGGUUCGUUUUUAUUGCAUUCGCAUUGUUUUUGUCAAAGUAAUUUUAACAAAGUCCCGAAAUAAUUCAAGAUGACUGAUAAUGCAUCGGGUAACUCAUCGAAUACCGACAGCGGAUUACAAACUCCAACAAAACGUCCCAGACUUGAGGGAAAAAACACAAGACAGGCAAUUAUCGAUACGAUGUUCGGUGAGGUUGGAAAAUUUGGUGGACAGGUUUCGUCUUUAAAAACAAAAUCCAAUCGAGAAGAUGAGGACUAUAGACGACUCUAUCGACUCUAUAAAACCGCUCUAAAAGCACUGAAUAUGCUUAAAACCGAAUGUAGUGAUCUUGAAGACGAACUGCAGCCUUUGCCGACUCAUGCCGAAACAUUAUUACAAUCAACUAACGAUAAUGUAAAGGCCUGGUCACAAUAUUUCUACAUAAAUCCAUCACCGACCAAAAAGAAAGGUGUAAAAACCAUUCCAUCGCCAGUCACAGAGCGAAUUGGCAGCCUAUUGCAUUCAAUUGGAUCAUUUUAUGGACUGACAGCGGAAGCUGUAUGUUCGAAUAAACGGAAACAGGAAAAUAUUGACAACAUGAAAGAUCUUUUGACAGCAGCUAAAGAAGCCAUCUCUUCCCUGGAAACUAUUGCUGACAAAAUCGAAAUGGAACUUAAACCAUUCAUGGAAAAGAAUCGAGUAAUCCGAAAUGAAAAUCCCGGAACAAGUGAUCAAAGUAAUUAGUUUACGUUUAAUACUGCGUGCCACUGAUCAAGUUCUAAUGGUUUAAUAAAAUAGAGAGAUAGAGAGCCGUAAGGUAGUUAAGGAUUAAUAGACAUUUAAUUAUCAUAUGUUAAGUUGAUUAAAACCAACAAAAUAUCCGAUAAACGUUUAAAUUGUACUGACUUAACGUAGAUGAUGGUUACAUUUCUCGUGAAUAAAUCUUUGUGUUUCUUUUUGUAGUCGAAA